AUGGUGAUCAUUUUCCGUGCUGUAGAACAGGAAUAUGUCAUUGAUAAAUUUAUCAAAAAAACGCGUUUGUCAAAGGUGAAACAACAUAAAUACGUUGAAUCCUGCAACCUGUUUGUUUUCUACAUUGUCAGCGUCGCUUAUGGUGUCGAUAUACUGACAAAGUUUGCGUUUUGGCUGCAUAAUUUCUGCGAACUGUAUCUAUUAAAAGCCAAAAAAGAGGAAAUAACUCCUCGGGUGAUAUUUUAUUCACUUAAUUUGAUAUUCACUGAAGCGGCAUAUAUAUUGAAAUUUGCACUUCCAGGUGAAGAGUCUGCAUUGACGUCGACUGGCCAGGGCAAUUUUAAUCAGCCUAUUGUUAGAUACGCGGCAAUUGGAUGUAUAUCGGCUUUGCAAAUCUACAUGCUAAUGAAAUUUUACGCAGUCAUUAGCAAAUACACACGAGAUCAAAAGGAGGCAGAAGCUGCUUCAAGUCGAUCGAAACAAAUCCGGAAAAAAUCCAAGAAAAAUAAAGAUUAUAACAUUUGGUCUGUUAUAAUGGACUAUCUAGACUCUAAGAAGGAUGCUGACAGUGGAAAUGAGAAGGAUGAAGAACCUGUUGCUACUGGACAUAAGAAAAAAGAUUAA